CCGCCAGGCUGGCUGCUGCCCGGCCUCCCCUCCUCCUUUUGCCGGUACCUACCUCAAAAUCGCCCGAGGCUGCGAGGCUCCGCUCUUGAAGGAGGAGGAAGCUGGGUCUGCAAAGGCAGAAGGGAAUUGCAUUGUAGCUGGGUGGCGGGGGGAAAACGGGGGGCGGGGGAAGAGAGGAGAGAGAAAAAAAAUUAAAAGGAAAAAAAGGAGCGGGGCUGAGUCUGGAAGCGGGUCUCGCCGCCCAGGACCCGCACGCCCCGGCGGCCACGCGUGGGUGCAGAUCGCGGCGCGGCGCGCAGGGCCGGGCUGAAGAUGCACACGACGCAGAAGGACACCACUUACACCAAGAUCUUUGUCGGGGGCUUGCCCUACCACACCACCGACUCCAGUCUGCGCAAGUACUUCGAGGUCUUCGGGGACAUCGAGGAGGCGGUGGUCAUCACCGACCGGCAGACGGGCAAGUCCCGGGGAUACGGCUUUGUCACCAUGGCUGACAGAGCUGCUGCUGAAAGGGCUUGUAAGGACCCCAACCCCAUCAUCGAUGGCAGGAAAGCCAACGUGAACCUGGCGUACCUGGGUGCCAAGCCGCGGAUAAUGCAGCCAGGUUUUGCCUUUGGUGUCCAGCAGCUUCAUCCAGCUCUCAUACAGAGGCCUUUCGGGAUACCCGCUCACUAUGUCUAUCCACAGGCUUUUGUGCAGCCCGGAGUGGUAAUUCCCCACGUGCAGCCCACGGCGGCCGCUGCUUCCACCACGCCCUACAUCGACUACACCGGAGCGGCCUACGCGCAGUACUCGGCAGCGGCGGCUGCCUAUGAGCAGUACCCGUACGCCGCCUCGCCGGCUGCCGCCGCCGGCUACGUGGCAGCUGGGGGCUACGGCUACGCCGUGCAGCAGCCCCUCACCGCAGCAGCGCCCAGCACGGCCGCGGCGGCCGCGGCGGCUUUCGGCCAGUACCAGCCCCAACAGCUGCAGACAGACCGCAUGCAAUAGCAGAUGGACUCCCGAAGGAAGCUCGCGAGCUCUCUCUUCCUCUCCUCGGCCUUCCAGUAUAAGUAUUUAACAGAGACAAUUUGUAAUAACUAAGGAGCUUUAAGGAAAGCGAUGCUAUUGCGAAACUAAAGAUUUUUAUUCCACUGUCUUCAUACAGUAUGCAUCCAAAUCUUGUUGUUAGAGGGGAAGGGUAGUGCGGCAUGUCUAGUUUCAAGUAUCAAGACAGAAGAAAAUGGGGGGAAAAAUACUGUACUGUCAUGAAAGAGUGGCAGGAGUAGCAAUGGGACUUCGUAUUUUCAAACAAACAAAAAAGAACCAAAAAACCGCAAAGAUGUACUUUCUACAGUAUCAGGGAAGCAAAACUGCCUUUUAUAAGUAAGAAAAUGGUAUCUGAAAAGUUUGAACCAGGGAAAAAACUUGAGUCAGCAAUAUGUAACCUUUAUCCAUUUGAGAGGAAACGAGCUUAAAGCACUGAUUGUCCUUUCUAGCUUUCAGAAGUUGUUUUUGUGAGACAGGACCUUGUCACUGUCUCACUGACGGGCACCGAACAACCCAAGGAAGAUGGCCGGCUAGUAAGAUGGCGGACAGGCACCAAAGUUAUUUUCUUCUCUGUCCUCUGGAUGAGUGGAACUAUGGAGCAAGUGAUGUGGAAGUAAGGGGUGCAACAGCUGUAGAGACAAUCAAUAACACAGACAGUUCUGGACAGAACACAUCACUCGUGCUCAUGUGAUGAGCUUGUCACAUCCUAAUCCCUCGCCCCAUCCCGUUUCACUUUUGGGAAACUUUAACUGCUGGUGUCAGCUAUUCUGAUUCUAAAAUAGGAUCAGCCCUUUACUACAAGAGCCUUCUCUUUCUAUUUAUUGCAUCUAUUCGUAACUUGUGAAUAAAGGCAGGAAGAAGCCUAAUGAAUUAAAACCUUUUAAGAACUGUUUUAAGGGAAUUUUCUUUACUGAAACCAUUUGUACAAUUUUAAUAUCUAUUUCAGGAUUAUAUUUAAAGUAUUUAUUAGCAAACAUACAGUACACAAGGCAACUUUUUGUUACCAAGACUGCAGUUCCUGAAGGGUUAAUGGUAUGUGAUUUAUACUGUGCCUUAAUUGUUAUGCUAUUUAAAAAGAAAUAUUUAUUUUGAAAGUUUUACUAUGCUGCGCUCUAAAGAAAGCGACUUUAGAUGUGACACUGUAAAAUUAUGUAUUCAUCUCAUGGUAUAAAUUAUUUAGUAGGCUUAGAUGUAGCAUAUUAAAUAUUAACCUAAUUAACUAAGGAUGUUGACUUGGAUUUAUUUAAAUUCAGUAUGUGCACUGUAUGAGGGUACUCUUAAAUUAACACUUUUUUAGGUUUUUACAUAAAAUAUUGCUAGUUCAUUCUUUUUCCCUCUACUAGUUAUUCAUGUAGACCUCUCAAAUACAUUAGUGCCGUUUUCUCACUCAUCUGUAUGUAGACUGACUAUUUUUCCCUUUGCUAGAAAAUGCUGCUUUACAUUGUCCUGUGAAACUACAAUACUUGCAAUUUUUAUUCUUGACUGAAAUGGAAUUUAAUAUUUUACACUGUAUUGGAUUUUUUUAUACUUGAACAAUUUCAUACAAGGGAAGACAGGAUAGCAUUUUUAUGGACUUUAUCCAGUGUCACUGGAUUUAUUUGAAGUAUUCUGAAUACUAGCCAGUGUUACAAUGUAGACAUGACUCUCCUGUGCAUAUUAUUUAUUCAGUAUGUAUAUUGCUUUACAACAUUUCAGAUCUCUUAAUCUAUUCACUCGUAUUAAAACAAUAAAAAAAAUGUUGUCUCA